CCUGCGACCAAUCUCUAGACUCUGGUCGAUAGAUCCAUAAGAGACCAUGGUUCGCAAACUCAAACAUCAUGAGCGCAAGCUCCUUCGUAAGGUUGAUUUGAUCAACUACAAGUCCGAUGGUCUCUCUCACCGCGAAGCCGCUGUUCGACGCCGCUACCACCUUACUCACCCCCUCGACUACAGCAAAUACAAUGCUUUAUGUGGCCGCUUAAGGCAACUUGCACAUCUCCUCUCCCUUCUCGACCCUACAGACCCAUAUCGUGUACAAAUGGAGACCGUCAUGCUGGAGAAAUUACAUCAGAUCGGCAUACUCAAGCAGACUAGACAGCAAGGCGCAGGAUUGAGUAGUGUGGAGAAGGAUGUCACUGUCUCAGCCUUCUGUCGUCGACGCCUGGGGAUCAUCAUGGUCCGCUCGGGCAUGGUCGAGCAUGUCAGCACCGCCCACAAACUCAUCGAACAAGGUCAUGUUCGUGUUGGCACCGACGUCGUCACCGAUCCUGCCUUUCUCAUCAACAGAGGCAUGGAGGAUUUCGUCACCUGGGUCGAUUCCAGUAAAAUCAAGAGGCAUGUCUUGCAGUAUCGCGAGAAAUUGGACGAUUUCGAUCUGCUAUGAGGAAGUUGGAGCACAUCGAUUUGACUGCAUAUCACGCAAAAGCUCGUCAGAGAAUCAUGAGGACAAUUCGAGCAUUUGCUGAGGUCUCGCCAUCCUUCGGCCAGCCGUUCCAGGACAAUAUCUCCGGCCUCUCCCAUCCCUGUGAUACGGCCACUUCAAGCAGUAUCCUUGAUACCGGCCCGCAAAUAUCAGUUGUCAAUUUUGGAUGCUCUAUUGGAGCAAUUCUCUGAUCUGGAUGGUUCAGUCUCGGCUCACACCAGCCAAGCUCUGCAUCUCUGGACGCCUUGGCCAACCAACGACGCAAUGCGAAAGCGAUUUGUACUUUGACCCAGUCAGACUCGUCUCUACAUUGUACGCAAGAAUGACUGAGCGUCAUUAGCACGCUCACGACUCAUGAUGAGAGGGAUUCUCGCAGUGUUCCCCCCUCAACCUCUACAGUUACAGGGUCAGCGGAUCCCUUGUCGACAUCCUCGAUGGAUAUGCCGAACAUGGACCCCACGUCCACCACUUCCACAUCGUUACAGUAUCCAUAAGGAUUUUCAUCGAGCCAGUCUGCCGAUGAUCCAACUUCAAGUCCUCCGACGACAUCCACUAUGAGUAGACUCACCACUUCCUCCAUGACUCCCACCUGGAGCACCAGCAUCAGCACAAGCGGUUAGAGUAGUCUAGAAUGGAACCAGGAAGCUCUAUCAUAAAUGUACUCUUCCAGAAACGGAAAUAGCUCUUCUGCUAUCAAUAUCACUCGGUCAUCGAUUGAUUGACUGGCUAGCUAGCUAGGGAUAUUUCCAACACUGCUCGACUUGGCAGUACUUUACUAUCUGCGUUACAUGUUGUGACAAGAUGUGGUGAAAUGAAUGUGCAACUAUAAACAGACAUCGCAGAGACAGGCUAUUCCGUUACCUUGUCCAUCAAGAACUUCCGAAUUUGUUGUU